GGCACAAUGUCUCAGAAAUCUUCACACAAAUCCAGAUCUGUUGCUUCUGUCUCCACAAAAGCUUCAUCUAUUAGCAGUGCAGUGGCCAUUGCCCGCGCAAAAGCUGAAGCAGCUAAAACGCGAGCAGCAUUCGCUGAGCAAGAAAUGCAAAUAAAAAUAGAGAAGGCAAGGCUAGAAGCAACAUUAGAGAAACUUGCUGCAGAAAAGGAGGCUGCAGCCACCAUUGCUGAAGCAGAGUUCUUAGAGGCUAUAGAGUAUCCUGAAACACUACAGCGUGACAGCAUACCAGGUAUGAAGCUUAAAUCGCAAGAUCCAUUACAACGCACGUCAGAGUAUGUAAAUGAGCUCCCAGGUUCAGACAGCAAUACUGAUCCAGUACAAAAGCCUGAACGUUGUACCAUAAGUGAAAUAGGCCCAGUACAGCAUGAAGUGCCAUCCUGGGUCAACUACAAGCAAGAGAGCAACUCGGCUGGUAAUAACCUCAUUACAGGUCAAGCAGUCAAGCCAGAUCACCUCACUGUUGCAUCUCCCCUGACGCCAAGGCAGCAUGAUACUGGCCAGCACAACCAAGAGACUACUAACAGGUAUGAGCAUACCCCAUAUUCUUACCAGGGUAGUACACCACCAGUAUACCCUGCUGUCUACCAGACCACAAUGGACUUUGCAAAGUUUUUUACACGGCGCGAACUAGUCGCAAAAGGAAUUGUGACGUUCAAUGAUCGUCCUGAAGACUAUAGAGCCUGGAGAUCUUCCUUUCAGAAUGUCACAAGAGACUUAGACCUGUCAUGUAGUGAAGAGGUGGACCUCUUGGUCAAAUACCUGGGGGAAGAGUCAAGCAAACAUGCAGCUAGGAUCAGGGCUAUCAAUAUAAACUACCCCGAGACUGGUCUUAAAAUGAUUUGGAGCAGACUUGAUGAGUGCUAUGGCUCAGCAGAGGUUAUAGAAAGUGCCCUCUACAAAAGAAUUGAGGACUUUCCCAGGAUAACCAACAAAGGCUAUCAGAAACUCAGAGAACUUAGUGACUUACUAAUGGAACUUCAAGUUGCCAAAUCUGAAGGGGACUUACAAGGACUUGCAUACCUUGACACAGCAAGAGGUGUCAACCCUUUAGUUCAAAAACUACCCUUCAACCUACAAGAGAAGUGGAUUACCCAUGGUUCCACAUAUAAAUAUAAACAUAAUGUCCCAUUUCCUCCAUUCUCUGUUUUUGUUGAUUUUGUGCAUAAUCAAGCAAAGAUAAGAAAUGACCCUAGUUUUGAUCUUACAUUGUCAUGUGCCACUCCAGUUCUCAAUUCCCGCAAAACCUCAGUGGCAGUACACAAGACUAAUGUUUCUCCUCCAGAUUUUAUUCACAGGCCGGCAAGCCAAGCAGAGGUAAAGGCACGGGAUCCAAGCAAGCAGUGUCCCAUACAUCAAAAGCCUCAUCCUCUCCUAAAAUGUAGAGCCUUCAGAGAGAAACCAGUUGAAGACCGCAAAAGAUUCCUGAAAGAGAAUGGCAUCUGUUACAAGUGCUGUGGAUCAACAUCUCAUUUUGCCAAGGAUUGCAAGGUCAGUGUAAAAUGCACAGAAUGUGACACCACAGAUCACAACACAGCUUUACACCCUGGUCCAGCACCAUGGGCUUCACAGAGCGCUUCAAGUGACACUGAGCAUGGCGGGGAGAAAGGAAACACUGCUAUAGCUUCACCAGAGGUCACUUCACAAUGCACAGAAGUGUGCAAAGGGACAUUAGGCAGCAGAUCCUGCUCUAAAAUCUGUCUAGUCAGAGUCUACCCAAAAGGCCAAAAAGACAAAGCUGUAAAACUGUAUGCUAUACUGGAUGAUCAGAGUAAUAGAUCCUUAGCCAGAUCAACAUUCUUUGACAUCUUCAAAACUCAAGGACCAAGCACUCCAUACUCCUUAAAAACCUGUGCAGGUACCACAUCCACAAUGGGGAGGAAGGCCACCGGCUACCAAAUUGAAUCCUUAGAUGGACAGACUUGCCUUCCCUUGCCUACCAUAAUUGAGUGCAACCAAAUUCCUGACAACAGAUCUGAAAUUCCUACAAGAGAGGUAGCAAGCUAUCAUUCACACCUAAAGAGCAUGGCACAUCUUAUACCAGAACUUGAUCAUCAGGCACAGAUAAUCCUACUUCUUGGGAGAGAUAUUUUACAAGUACACAAGGUGAGACGUCAUAUUAAUGGUCCCAAUAAUGCUCCCUAUGCCCAAAAGCUAGACCUAGGAUGGGUCAUAAUAGGAGAUGUAUGCUUGGGACGCAUGCACACUCCCACCUCUGUGACCAGCAUGCUCACCAAUAUGCUAGACAAUGGUCGACCUUCUCUUUUCCAACCAUGCAACAACAACUUUCAUGUCAAAGAAUUGCCAUACUGCAACCAACUGCUCUGCACCUAUACAGAUCUUCCGUGUGACAGCCAUGCAGCAUCUAACAUUUAUGAAGAUCAGUUAGGUUGUACAGUAUUUCAGAGAACAACGAAGGAUAAUCAAGUGGCAAUGUCAAUAGAGGACAAGUUGUUUUUAGACAUAAUGCACAAUGGAUUUGUUAAAGAUGAAACUAACAGCUGGGUCGCACCUCUUCCAUUCAGGAGUCCCAGACAACGCCUGCCUAAUAACAGAGAGCAAGCUCUAAAACGUUUCUCUUCUCUCAAGCACAACCUGCAGAGGAAACAAGAAAUGAGAAACCACUUCUUCACCUUCAUGAAAAAGAUAUUUGAAAAUGGCCAUGCAGAGAUAGCUCCCAAACUCAAAGACUUUGAGGAAUGCUGGUACCUACCAAUGUUUGGAGUAUACCACCCAAAGAAACCAGGCCAAAUCAGGGUGGUGUUUGACUCUAGUGCCAAGUUUGAGGGUGUCUCUUUAAAUGAUGUUCUCUUGACAGGUCCAGACCUGAACAACAAACUUAUGGGAGUACUCAUGCGCUUCCGCAAUGAUUCUAUUGCCUUCACCGCUGACAUUCAACAAAUGUUUCAUUGUUUCCUUGUCAAAAAGGAAGACAGGAAUUUAUUAAGAUUUCUCUGGUACAGAGACAAUGAUCUUUCUAAAGAAGUUAUAGAGUACCGUAUGAGAGUGCACAUCUUUGGCAACAGUCCUUCGCCAUCAGUUGCAAUUUAUGGACUCAAAAGGUCUGCUCAAGAAGGUGAGGCGGAAUAUGGAUCAGAUGUCAGAAAAUUCGUAGAAAAGGACUUCUAUGUUGAUGACUGCCUAAAAGCUAUGCCUUCAAAUGAGACUGCUAUUAAUCUCCUCAAGAAAGCUCAAGAAAUGCUUGCCUACUCAAACCUCAGGCUUCACAAAAUAGCCUCCAAUAGUCAAGAACUAAUAGAAGCCUUUCCAUCUCAGGAUCGCUGUAGUGAUUUGAAAGACCUGGACUUAGGGACUGACCCUAUGCCAGUACAACGCAGCCUUGGACUUCUCUGGAAUCUAAAAUCGGACACAUUCAUCUUCCAAGCCAGCAAGGAGGAAAAGCCCUUCACACGUAGGGGUGUUCUGUCCACCAUAAAUAGCUUGUAUGAUCCCUUGGGGUUUGCAGCUCCUGUUACAAUUCAAGGUAAAGCCCUACUCAGAAACUUAACCCGUGAAACAUCCGACUGGGACACACCUUUACCAGCCGAUCAAAGGAUUCAGUGGGAAGAGUGGAAAAACUCUCUUACAGCUUUAUCUAAACUCAAUGUAGCUAGACCCUAUGCACCAGUGCCUUCUACAGAAAUACAAAACCAAAAACUCUACAUAUUUUCAGAUGCUUCUGUCAAGGCAAUUGCUGCUGUGGCCUAUAUUAAAACCAUGGACUCUAAAGGACAAUGCCAUGUCGGAUUUGUCAUGGGUAAAACCAAACUUGCACCAUACCCUGAGCACACUGUACCCAGACUAGAACUAUGUGCUGCUGUACUAGCUGUUGAGGUAGCUGAAUUAAUUACAUCUGAAUUGGACAUUGACCUAAAAGAUGUUGCAUUCUACACAGACAGUAAGGUGGCCUUAGGUUAUAUCUACAAUGAAACCAGAAGAUUCUAUGUAUAUGUCAACAACAGAGUGUUACGGAUUAGGAGAUCUGUCCAUCCAAAGCAGUGGCACUAUGUACCUACAGACCAGAACCCUGCUGAUCAUGCUACUAGAGCUGUUGCUGCUAAUCAUUUGAAUAACGCUACGUGGUUUUCAGGACCAAAAUUCUUGUACAACCCAGAGCAAGCUACCGUGAAAGACUUUGAAUUAGUGGGUGCAGAGUUGGAUGUUGAAAUCCGCCCUCAGGUGUCUACACUCCACACAACAACCUCAGAUAACCAACUCGGAUCUCAGAGAUUCAAACGAUUUUCAACCUGGAAGUCACUUGUUCGAGCUAUUACCUGUUUAACUCACAUAACUUGCUCAUUCAGUAGUAUGAGAACUUCUAGUCUAAAUGAAUGUAAAGGCUGGCAUCACUGUACAAAGGUCUAUGCAGUAUCAGACCUGGAACAUUCAAGAAAUCACAUUAUCUAUACUGUUCAACAAGAAGCCUACUCUAGAGAGAUCGAGAGCCUCACCAACAAGAGACCAUUACCUAAGGACAGUGUAUUGAGUAAGCUUGACCCAUUCAUUGAUAGCAAUGGCCUACUGAGAGUAGGAGGCCGACUUAAGGAAGCAAAGCUGGAGUACAAAGAGAAAAGCCCUCUUAUAAUCCCUGGUUAUUGCCAUAUUGCUGCUUUACUCGUGAACCAUUACCACAAUGAGGUCAGACAUCAAGGAAGACUAUUUACAGAAGGUGCUUUAAGAGUUGCUGGCCUAUGGAUUAUCGGUGCAAAAAGGCUCAUCAGCAGUAUCAUCUUUAAAUGUGUCACCUGUCGCAAACUUCGGGGUCUAAAUCAAACACAAAAGAUGGCUAAUCUACCAGCAGACAGGCUUGACACAGAACCUCCUUUCACCAAUGUUGGCCUUGAUGUUUUUGGACCUUGGUCAAUCACCACUGUACGUACUAGAGGCGGUCAGGCUAACAGUAAGCGAUGGGCAGUUCUAUUUACCUGUAUGUCUAUCAGAGCUAUUCAUAUAGAAGUUAUUGAGUCCCUAGACACCUCAAGCUUCAUUAAUGCUCUCAGGCGUUUUAUUGCUAUCCGAGGCCCUGUCAAACACAUUCGUUCAGACAGAGGUACUAACUUUGUUGGAGCAGCCAAAGAAUUAAAAAUUCUUUCAAAUGUGGACUACAAAAGUGUUGAAAAAUUCUUGAGUAACCAAAGUUGCAUAUGGACAUUCAACCCACCGCACUCUUCUCAUAUGGGAGGAUCCUGGGAAAGAAUGAUCGGCAUAGUUCGAAGAAUUCUUGACUCUAUUUUUCUACAGAUGGGCACAACAAGACUCACCCAUGAAAGUCUAAUUACCUUUAUGGCAGAAAUUGUAGCUAUAGUAAAUGCAAGACCUCUCACCCCAGUCCCUAGUGAUCCAGAGGAACCUCUCUUAUUAACUCCUGCCACUUUGCUUACUCAAAAAACAGGGACAUUCAAUGCUCCUCCAGGAGAAUUCGAUUCCAAAGAUUUGUAUAAACGUCAAUGGAGACAAGUGCAAAGCCUUGCAAAUACCUUCUGGGACAGAUGGCGUAAACAAUAUUUAUCUACAUUGCAACCACGGAACAAAUGGGAAAUCACCAAACCUAACCUAAAAGAUGGUGACAUUGUUCUUGUAAAAGACUGUCAAGUUCAAAGAAACCAUUGGCCUCUUGGCUUAGUCACCAAAAUAUUCCCUAGUGAAGAUGGACAUGUUCGCAAAGUAGAAGUGAAGAUAGCAAAAGGAAGUGAAUCCAAGUUGUUUCUCAGACCAAUAUCUGAACUAAUUUUGCUUCUAUCUUCUGAAGACUAAAUUGGUGGCAUCCACGGAUACCAAGCGGGGAGUGUCAUGCCUCCAGCAUCUUUAUGUAAAGUAAAGUGAGCCUUAUUACACAGGCACUCCAUCUAGUGGCUGACUUUGCCUUUCAGUGAUUUGUCCCUCUGCUCCUUCCAUCCCUCCUCAGUGAAGUGAAGCAUCUUGGGAGGAAGAACUCCAUUACAGACUGUGCUAAGAAGAGAGAGACUGCAUACUCCAUUGCCCCAUGUGGCAGCAUCGCUGUUUCACCGCGUGCUUAUUACCUAUGACUCAAUAAAUCUACAGACUUCACCAUACAGUCUUGGCUAUUGAAGAAUAGGGCGGUUUAUCUGCAUGUCAGACUACACACACACCACAGGGUAACGUGUAGCGAGG